UAUUGCAGAUUUACAUUAUAAGGUAACGAGGAGUUCCCUUCACACACAAACACAUACACAAAAAAGAAGAAAAGCAUGCCUAGUGCCUUCAGUUUGCGUACACGCACACAUGAACAGGGUAAGAAAUAGCCGAGUUGUAGCAUCCAUUGCUGUAGUUAGCAUCCUCCUCCUGCUGCUGCUACUGCCGUUCGGCGAUGCGGCACCGGCUGCAGCAGCCACCGGUGGUGGGACUGGUGGCUGCACGAGGAGCUGCGGCAACAUCGACAUCCCGUAUCCGUUCGGCGUGGAGCCCGGCUGCUACCACGCCGCGGGCUUCGACCUCACCUGCGACCGCUCCCACCGGCCUCCCAAGUUGUUCCUCGGCGGCGGCGCCGUGCAGGUUCUCGAGAUCUCUGUUCCCAAUGCCACGGUACGCAUCAACAGCAGCAGCAUCAUGGACUUUGGGGUCGAUGAUGGUGGCGGUGGCCGCCGCACCGUGAACACAACAUGGGGGGUCAGCUUCCCGUACUACCUGUCGGAGACGACGAGCAUGCUGCUCGCGGAAGGCUGCUACAUCCAGGUCGACCUCCGGGGCGGAGUGCAGAACAACCUGAUCGGUUCUUGCACUGCGAUAUGCCCAUCUGAUGACAAGGGAUCAGCAAUUGCUAGAAGUACAGCAUGCACGGGCAUUGGUUGCUGUCAAAUAGGCAUCGUUCUUGGCUACUCUCAUUACAACAUUCAGGUCCACUUCCUCGACAGUACAUUGCCCUCCAAUUCAGCUUCCAUCUAUAUGGUUGAUGGGGUUUUCAGUUACAGCCCAGGACCUCCAGAGCUAUUUGACAUUGAGACUACGCAAGCGGUUACGCUAGACUGGGUAAUCAGUAAUUCAACAUGUCCGGUAGAUGGACCUGCAUCUGAAUGUCUCAGUGCCCGCAGCUCUUGUUCAUAUCCCGCUACUAAUGCUGGCCAUGGUGGGUACAUAUGCGAGUGUGUUGACGGUAGCCAAGGCAACCCUUACGUCCUUGAUGGAUGCCAAGUCAUUGAGCCGUGUGAGCACGUGGGAGGGUUCACGUGCUAUGGAACCUGCCAAAAUUUCAGUGGCAAUUUGUACUGCCAAUGUCCUAAAGGAACUUAUGGAGAUCCCUUCACACAGGACGGAUGUAAUAAAAUCAAGAACUCCUUGGUAAUUACAGACCUAAGCAUUGAGCUAGGAGUUUACGGUGGCAUAUGGCUUUUGAUUCUGGCACUUGGUGGUCCCUUCGUGAUUCGUAAACUCAAGUCACAUAAGGUGAGGAAGACAAAGGAGAAAAUUUUCAAACAAAAUCAUGGGUUACUGUUGCAACAGUUGAUAUCGCGGAAUGUUGAUAUUGGUGGAAGGAUGAUGAUUACCUUAGAAGAGCUAGAGAAGGCCACAAAUAAUUUUGAUAGAGCACGUGUGAUUGGUGGUGGAGGGCAUGGCAUUGUAUUUAAAGGAAUUCUAGAUCUGCAUGUCGUGGCAAUUAAGAAGUCAAAGAUAAUGGUACAAAAGGAAAUCAGUGAAUUCAUAAAUGAAGUUGUAGUUCUUUCUCAAGUAAACCACAGAAAUGUUGUGAAGCUCUUAGGAUGCUGCCUUGAGACAGAAGUCCCAUUACUAGUUUAUGAGUUCAUUUCAAAUGGAACCCUUUAUCAGCAUCUUCAUGUUGAAGGACCCAUAUCACUACCAUGGGAUGAUCGAAUGAGGAUAGCGAUGGAAGUUGCCAGAGCACUAUCCUAUUUACAUUCAGCUACUUCAAUGCCAGUAUUUCAUAGAGAUAUUAAGUCCUCCAACAUACUACUUGAUGACAGUUUGGUUGCAAAAGUAUCUGACUUUGGAGCUUCACGAUAUAUCCCGAUUGACAAAACAGGAAUCACUACAGCGGUUCAAGGAACAAUUGGUUACCUGGAUCCAGAAUACUAUUAUACUGGCCGACUAACAGAUAAGAGUGAUGUCUUCAGUUUUGGUGUACUUCUUGUAGAAUUACUAACAAGAAAGAAACCAUUUGUCUAUCGGACCGAUGAUGGGGAUGGUCUUGUUUCACAUUUUGUCUCACUACUCACAGAAGGCAAACUGGUUGAACUCAUAGACCCUCAAAUCAUCAAGGAUGAAGAUGGAGAAGUCUACGAAGUAGCUAUACUAGCGGCAAUGUGUACUAAAUUGAGGAGAGAAGAUCGACCUACAAUGAGAGAAGCUGAGAUGAGACUUGAAAACUUACUAGUUAAGAAGAACCAGAUUCCAUGUAUUAUGGCACCAAGGGGAUAUAAUGAGCAUAACACUCUGGUUCACUGCAUGUCAAUUGAAAAGGUUAAUAAGGAAGCAAGCAGACAAUACACAAUGGAAGAUGAAAUAAUUUUGUCAGCAACCUACCCCCGAUGAACAUAUGCUGUCAUGAACAAUGAUGAGCUUCCACAUUUGCUCUAGAUUGUUCUGAAAAUAUUUUGGUAAAUGCAUUUGUUACAAUGCUAAUUUUAUGUAGUUCCCUUCAUGAAAGCUCUACAGAUAGUAUUGAUGUGCUUAAAGUUUGUUAAUCGAACAUCACAUGUUAUUAGAUUGUUUUCCAGCUUGCGGUAAGCCUGGAAGGACCAAGGAGUAACAGGCAGAGUAUUGUACAUCUCUUUUUGAGAAAA